AUGGCUCAGAUAUGUGAUAUGGCUCAGGCUUCUGCUUGGUUACCUCUCGUUAGAGCCUCAGCGAUUGGAUGGGUACCGAUCGCUCAACAUCGUCUUCCGAAAAAUGUGUGCACAAAGGAUGAUUCAAAUCAAGAUAUUUAUGAGAAGAAGGCAAUUAUUAAUGUAAGCGGUCAGAGAUUUGAAGUACUUACAAGCAGUUUGAAUCAGUAUCCGCAUACUUUGCUUGGAUCAGAUGAGCGUGAUUACUUUUAUGAUGAGAAUAGUGGCGAAUAUUACUUUGAUAGAGACCCUGAAAUAUUUCGACAUAUAUUGACUUAUUAUCGUUGCGGGCACCUCCAUUAUCCUAAGAAAGAAUGUGUCAUGCAGUAUGAAGAUGAACUUGCCUACUUUCGAAUAGCAUCAGAAGCUCUAGGUGAUUGCUGCUACGAAGAUUACCAUGACAGUAAACGUGAAAAUUCGGAGCGUCUUCUGGAGGAAAGAUCCUCAACCAAAGAGAAUGCUGAAGUGCCAAAGGAUUUUCGUAACAGACUUUGGCAGGCCUUCGAAAACCCAGAGUUUUCUACUACUGCAAUUGUCAUUUACUACGUAACCGGCUUUUUUAUUGCUGUUUCCGUGUUUGCCAAUAUUACGGAGACUAUACCUUGUGGGCCAGAACCUGGACUAAGUAAACAACGGGCUUGUGGCGACCGGUACAUAGAUGCCUUUUCAUGCCUCGACACAGCAUGUGUAGUCAUAUUCACUGUAGAAUACUGCGCAAGAAUGUAUGCUGCGCCAAAUAGAUGGAAGUUUUUUAUAUCUGUGAUGAGUAUAAUAGAUGUCGUUGCAAUAUUACCUUUUUAUAUUGGCUUAUUGAUGCCAGACAACAAAAGCGUUUCUGGUGUGUUUACAACGUUACGAGUAUUUCGAGUAUUUAGAGUGUUCAAGUUUUCUCGUCACAGUGUUGGUUUACGAAUACUCGGCUACACUUUGAAGUCAUGUGCAUCAGAACUGGGCUUUCUUCUAUUUAGUCUAACAAUGGUUAUUAUUAUUUUUGCUACUGUUAUGUAUUAUGCUGAAAAAUCGGUUGAAGGGACCACCUUUUCCAGUAUUCCAUCAUCAUUUUGGUAUACUAUCGUCACUAUGACUACACUUGGUUAUGGAGAUAUGGUUCCAGAGACAAUAGUUGGAAAAAUUGUUGGUGGUAUGUGUUCACUUUCUGGAGUGCUUGUAAUUGCUUUACCUGUUCCCGUUAUUGUAUCAAACUUCUCUCGUAUUUAUAAUCAAAGUCAAAGAUCUGAUAAAAGACAGGCACAAAAACGUGCCAGACAGGCAAGAAUAAGAUUAGCUCAACUCAUGGCAACUGUUAAUGCUUGUGCAGAAAAAUCCGGAAGUCCAGAGCCGUCAGUUGAUGAAGAUUACGAUUGUGAUAAUGAAACAAAGAAAUCCGCCUAUUUCGAAGUCAAAACAACCACAUCAUACUCAUCUACUUCACCCGCGUCAAUAAUAAAUGCUAAUCAGUCAACAGGUAAAGAUCAAAGUUAUGAUACAUCAAGAAAUUCAACAGGCAGUGAUCUAACAAUCAGUCAUCAUUCAAAUUUAACUCGAAGUGGCUCAUUAACCUUAUUAAAAAAUAAAAAAAAGAACCUUGUUAAUGAAUCAUGCGUUAAAACAGAUUAUUCAGAAUUAGAUAAUAUGAAUCAAAAGUUUGAACAUAAUCUUCCAACAUUUAAUCAAUUAGUCUCUGGAGUAGCGAAAGAUACUUCUCCUGGUUCAGGUCAUAUAAUUGUCAAGAAAGACAAACUAUAUGAAACAAAUAAUUUAUCAGGGAGGAAUAACCAUCAUUUAGUAAAACAAACGCACGGUAAAGUCUUGCAUUCUUCUAGUCUCAAAUUAAGCAAUAAACGCAAGAUAGUAGAUCGUACAUUAUCUCUUAAUGAUGGACGGCAAAGUCAACAAAGAACAGAACAAAGAAUAAGUGUUGAAGACAAGAAUAACAAACCGUCAUUCCUACCUAUAUAUAUUCACCCAGCUAGCCAGAGCAGUUUCUCAGAUUCAAGCAUGGAUAAACGAAAACACUCAAAUGAGCAGCAGAAACAUACAACAAAAAGCCAAAAAAAUAAUAAAUGUAAGAGUUCUCACAAAGCCAAACUAACAUUUGAAGAUCUCAUACUGUUACAGCAAAAGCAUUUAAUGGACUGUUUGAAUGUGGUGACGGCGAGAGCAACAAUCAAUGAACAAAGAGAAUCAAACAGUCAUUUACAUGUUAAUAAUCCUUUAAUUAGUGCACUGGAACAUGGAAACUUUAAGCAUCAUAGACGUCUAACAAGUGAAUCUAUUUCAAAAAUCUCCCGUUUAUUGAGGGUAAGACAGUCUAUAUCAAAAGAUUUGUAUGAAAAUAGAAGAUCUACAAGUAAUCUUAAAGACUGUGAUAAUACCAAAAAUAAUAAUGCUGGGGUUGGAUGUAGUGACCAUAUGUCAAAUGUUGAUAAAAUAACUGAAAGCCAAUCUGCCGUUCAUCGUCGUGAGUCUAAUCCUUUUCGUCAUUUGCAAGUCUUCCGUCUACAUGGUUCACGGAGUCAGCAUGCAUCAGAUCGUCGAUGUUCAGCAAUCCAUUUAACGACAUUUUCUAAACGAAAAUUAAAUCUUCAUAAAUUCAAACAUAACCAUGGUUAUCGUAAUUUUUAUAAAAAAAUAAACUGUUCCACAAAUUCUGAAACUGAUGAUAAUCAUAAUAAUAAAAUAAUAGUGAAUAUGAAAGUCGUAAGUUCUUCACAAAUACCAGACAAAGCUGACAUAAUGGACAUAGAUGCGCAUUCUCAUAAUGAUAAUUCUACUGUAGAUAACUCAGUCUAUCCUUCCUAUAGUGAAACAAAACCGUUGUUAGAUAAUUCAAGGUUAACUUAUAGUGAUGAACUUGGCUUGAACGAUUUGGUAAACGAAAAAUCGUUUCUCACAAGGGAUCCAGGUUUCGCAUCAAGUCCCACUUGGCCAUCUUUUAGAUUUCCAUCAAAUUCGUUCCAAUCCAAAUCCAACUUCAAUUUUACUGAUAAGUCAUCCGAUAAUUAUGGGAAGUCACUUAAUCCGUUUGACAGUGAUAGUUGGUCUAAUGAGCAUAAUCUAGUUAAUACAGCUGCCAUACCUAAAUCGUCCUUCAGUGCUGCGGUUUAUCCGGACUCUGUGAUAUUUUGUACAAAUUUCAAUACGAAAGCAAAUGUUUCAUCUCAGUCAUCAUUUGUGCAAUCCAACCUAAUGUGUUCGUCGUUGGAAGAUGAAAAUCUAACCGAGUUUGCUAGUGCACGGUCACAUAUUUCAAUCACAUCAACAUCACAUCCGAACAGUUCAUCAAAUAAUACCACCAAUAAUUUUAUCAAUAAAAUAAUUACCCACUCUCAAAACUGUCCAAAAUUAUCGUUUCCUACUGAUAAAAGUUUGUAUAAAAGUCAUAUUAGUUAUGCAAAAUUAAGUCCCAGACUUUCAUAUUCAUUUCCCCAUGAAUUAUAUCGCAAUGUUUCUCCAGAUUUGAUAAAACAAUGUGACAAUCAACUUAAAAAUUCUCCCUCAAAACUCGUUAAAUCGAAUACUGAGAAUUUGACUGAUAUACAUUCAACAAAAGGAGUAAUUAAGUAUUUGGAAAAUCAUUACAGCUGA